AUGGCUUUGCCUGUCCUGUACGUUACUUUGACUGUCCACCAGUUUGGUCCCAGCAUCGUGGUCGAUGGGAAGGCUGUCCAGCAUGAACCAUUAGCGGGGAGGGGAGAGUUGCCAUGGUCGGCUGACAUGGCACGCGAGAUCACGACAUUUGGCCCUCAAUGGUUGGCCGGCACCGCCAAUCAGAAUUUUCGUAAUUGGCUAAAGACUUGGGAGAUAAGUACGUCGAUUGUCUACGUUGCUCCAUUGAAAGAAUGCCACCUGUAA